GCAAGUUGAAUUUUAUAUGAAUGAAAAUACAUUUAAAGAGAGACUGAAGCUGUUCUUCAUCAAAAACCAAAGAUCAAGUCUAAGAAUACGAUUAUUCAAUUUUUCUCUCAAGCUACUAAGCUGUUUCUUAUACAUAAUUCGUGUGCUUCUGGAUGAUCCUGCGCAAGGACAUGCAUGCAAGGAAUUGAACCGAGGUUGUUCCAGUCAAAACUACACACCUGGAAUGAUUGAUUGGUCUCCUAUUAUUUGGGUGAAUCGAAGUUUGCCUUUAUGGGGAUUACAGGUUUCAGUGGCUUUAAUAAGUCUGUUUGAAACCAUGCUGCUGAGUUAUCUAAGCUACAAGGGAAAUAUCUGGGAACAAAUUCUGAGAAUACCCUUCCUGCUGGAAAUAAUUAAUGCAGUCCCUUUCAUCAUCACGAUUUUCUGGCCUGUUCUAAGAAACCUAUUUAUUCCUGUAUUUUUAAAUUGUUGGCUGGCAAAACAUGCUUUGGAGAACAUGAUUAAUGAUCUUCACAGAGCCAUACAACGCACACAAUCUGCAAUGUUUAAUCAAGUCCUCAUUUUAAUAUCCACCUUAUUAUGUCUUAUCUUCACGUGUAUUUGUGGAAUUCAGCAUCUGGAACGAGCAGGAAACAAGUUGACUCUCUUUGACUCCCUUUAUUUCUGCAUAGUGACAUUUUCCACUGUGGGCUUUGGGGAUGUUACACCCAAGAUAUGGCCUUCAAAGCUGCUUGUUGUCAUUAUGAUCUGUGUUGCUCUUGUGGUGUUGCCCAUACAGUUUGAACAGCUGGCAUAUUUGUGGAUGGAGAGGCAAAAGUCUGGUGGCAAUUACAGCCGACACAGAGCUCAGACGGAAAAACAUGUCGUGCUGUGUGUCAGCUCUCUGAAGAUUGACUUACUUAUGGAUUUCUUAAAUGAAUUCUAUGCUCACCCAAGACUGCAGGACUAUUAUGUCGUUAUUUUGUGUCCUACUGAGAUGGAUGCUCAGGUCCGAAGGGUGUUACAAAUCCCAAUGUGGUCCCAAAGAGUUAUCUAUCUGCAAGGCUCAGCACUAAAAGAUCAAGACCUGUUGAGAGCAAAAAUGGAUGAUGCUGAAGCUUGUUUCAUUCUGAGUAGUCGCUGCGAGGUGGACAGGACAGCAGCUGAUCAUCAAACUAUUUUAAGAGCUUGGGCAGUUAAAGACUUUGCUCCAAAUUGUCCUUUGUAUGUCCAAAUAUUGAAACCUGAGAACAAAUUUCAUAUCAAGUUUGCAGAUCAUGUUGUGUGUGAAGAGGAGUUCAAAUAUGCAAUGCUAGCUCUAAACUGUAUAUGUCCAGCUACUUCCACAUUAAUCACACUGCUGGUUCACACAUCAAGGGGACAAACAGCACCAUGGGAAACUUUUAAACAACUAACUGGAACCAAGCAGACUUUAAACAGGGAGGGGCAGCAAUCAGCAGAACAAUGGCAGAAAAUGUAUGGCAGAUGCUCGGGUAAUGAAGUGUAUCAUAUUAACCUGGAAGAAAGUACAUUCUUUGCUGAGUACGAAGGGAAAAGUUUCACGUAUGCUUCUUUCCAUGCACAUAAAAAGUUUGGAGUCUGUCUGAUUGGUGUUAGAAAGGAAGAUAACAAAAACAUUUUGCUGAAUCCAGGUCCUCGAUACAUCAUGAGUUCUACAGAUACAUGCUUUUACAUAAAUAUCACUAAGGAAGAGAAUUCUGCUUUUAAGAAGCAAGAAAAGAACAGAAAAAAACACGAAUCAAAACUAUCUUAUCAUGGGACUUCUAGGUUGCCCGUACACAGUAUAAUAGCCAGCAUGGGGACGGUGGCUAUCGAUUUGCAAGACACGGGGUGCCGACCUUCCAGCGGCCCCACGCUAGCGCUUCCUUCCGAGGCCGGCAAGGAGGGCAGGCGGCCCAGUAUCGCCCCUGUCCUGGAGGUCGCGGACUCAUCCUCCCUUCAGACAUGUGACCUGCUAAGUGACCAGUCAGAAGAUGAAACUACCCCAUCAGACGACGAAGUCUCUGCAGGCUUGGAGUAUGCCAAAGGAUAUCCUCCUUACUCUCCUUAUAUUGGAAGUUCCCCUACAUUUUGCCAUCUUCUUCAUGAAAAAGUGCCCUUCUGCUGUUUAAGACUAGAUAAGGGGUGCCAGCAUAAUUACUAUGAGGAUGCCAAAGCCUACGGAUUCAAAAAUAAAUUGAUUAUAGUUGCUGCAGAAACUGCUGGAAAUGGUUUAUAUAAUUUUAUUGUUCCACUCAGAGCUUAUUACCGACCAAAGAAAGAACUAAAUCCUAUUGUAUUACUCCUGGAUAACCCGCCAGAUAUGCAUUUUCUGGAUGCAAUCUGUUGGUUUCCAAUGGUUUACUACAUGGUGGGCUCUAUCGACAACCUAGAUGACUUAUUAAGAUGUGGGGUCACCUUUGCAGCUAACAUGGUGGUGGUGGACAAAGAAAGUACAAUGAGCGCUGAGGAAGAAUACAUGGCAGAUGCCAAGACUAUAGUGAAUGUCCAAACACUUUUCAGGUUGUUCUCAAGCCUAAGCAUUAUUACAGAACUAACUCACCCAGCCAAUAUGAGAUUCAUGCAGUUCAGAGCCAAAGACUGCUACUCGCUUGCUCUAUCCAAACUGGAAAAGAAAGAACGGGAAAAAGGGUCUAAUCUGGCAUUUAUGUUUCGCCUGCCCUUUGCCGCUGGCAGGGUUUUCAGCAUCAGUAUGUUGGACACGCUGCUUUAUCAGUCAUUUGUGAAAGAUUAUAUGAUCUCUAUCACACGGCUUCUGCUGGGACUUGAUACUACACCAGGAUCUGGGUUUCUUUGUUCUAUGAAAAUAACAGAGGAAGAUCUGUGGAUUAGAACAUAUGCCAGGCUGUAUCAAAAACUGUGCUCUUCUACGGGAGACAUUCCGAUAGGAGUCUACAGGACGGAAUCCCAAAAGCUUACAACAUCUGAGUCUCAAAUCUCUAUCAGUGUGGAAGAAUGGGAAGACACCAAAGAACAAUUUAAUUAUCGCAGUAACCAUCGUAACUCGACGUCCAGCGACCAGUCCGAUCACCCCUUGUUACGACGGAAAAGCAUGCAGUGGGCCCGCCUGCUCACCAGGAAGGUGCCCAGGCACUCCGGGAAAACAGCAGACAGGAUAAGCCACCAGCGAAUGAACCUCUACAGGAGGUCAGAAAGGCAGGAACUUGCCGAACUUGUGAAAAACAGAAUGAAGCAUCUGGGUCUUUCUCCAGCAGGAUAUGAUGAAAUGAAUGACCAUCAGAAUACCCUCUCUUACAUCCUGAUCAAUCCUUCUCCAGAUACAAGAUUAGAACUGAAUGAUAUAGUAUACUUGAUCCGACCUGAUCCUUUGACUUACGUUCCAAAUACUGCACCCAGCCGAAAAGACAGUUUCUGCAAUACAGUGGGACAAGACACCAGGGAAGAAACACAACUUUGAUGUGCAACUCAUUGAAAAAUUAAGAGACAGUUUUAUACGCAUAUGCUGUUUUCAGUAUCCAU